CCUGUGCCAAGACCCCGAUAUGUGCGAUCCUAACAUUGAAAACCACAGGGGAUAGCAGCACUUCGCGUGUACGGUAUUGCUUCAACACGAUCACAACACAACCAACAGACAAGCUAGUAGCUGCACACACGAAUCUCGGGGAAUUGCCACCACAACAGUUUCAGUUCCGUGGCGGAGAAAUACCGGCGGAAAAUCGGGAAAAUGCCCGGGACGGAGCUGCGGGCUCGACCACACGCAACGCGCGGCUACGAUGUCGGAGGGUGCAAGCGCGGGACCUGCCGACGCCUCACAGGCCUCACAGGCCUCACAGGCUAGACUAGACUAGUGCUGGCGGUCCUUCCUCUGCGGAUCAGGGAGCUGCCGCUGCGGACCCGAAGGCAACCGGCGAGGCUAUCGAUGAGAUGCUAGCCGCCAACGACCCCGUCAAAAACAGCAACGGCAAACGCGCGUACCCAGAGCCCACCUUCCCGAUCGAGCGGUCAGGAGCAGUGGGAGGGAAAGGGAGCUACCCCAUCCGGUUCAAACUGAACGCGGCGGCCUACACACGGGAGAUCUGCCCGUGCGACGGUCAACCGCGUAUCAUCGAGUGGCUGAAGCAGGAGGAGCAGCUCAGGGAGAAGGUCAGCGCCAACCCCAAGCUUUCGAAGGCCAAGCAGGUUCACAGCGGAGGGAAAGCUUCGACAGUCGACGCCGACCAAGCCCUUGUGGAAUACAUCAACGAGCAGCACAAGCAGCACCGCGGUUGUGGUAAUCGGGAGGUGAUGAACAAGCUGCUCGAGCUGAAGCCUGACGCCCUUGGCGGGAUGCCGGCGAACGCGAAGCCGGAGGAGGCGCUGGCUUUCAAGGUCAAAUUCAACUCCUGGUGCCAACGGUUCCGCAAGCGGAAUGGGUUCAGCAUCCGCCGACGUACCAGCGUGCGCCAGAAACUGCCGAAGGGGUACGAGAGUAUGCCAUGGGCGACGGUGAUGAAGCUGCGCGAGGCUCUCGUAAAGCGCGCUGGUGAGAUCGACGCUCGGCCCCACCCGCCGGCACCUGACGAGAGUCCCAUCAAAGGGGAGGAUCUGACUUCCGAGCAGCUGGCGUCUGUGGAGGCGGAGGUUUACGAGGAACUCGGCAGCAUAGACCAGACGCCAGUCCAGCACGAGAUGCCGGUGGAGACCACUCUGGAGAAGACCGGUGCGAAGGAUGCUCGCAUCAGCACAGGAGAUGAGGGCGAGCUAAUAUAUUUGUCAAAGUUUUGUGUGGAGAAGAGCUUGAGUGACCAGCGGGAGUGCAGCGGGUGGAUCUCGGGCAGCUGGAAGCUCCGUCCCAACAACGGCAGCAUCGUCCAGCAGCGCCCGUGCAUCCUGGUGCUGGACGACUUCAAGUUCCACAAGGACGAGGGUUUCAUCGCCGCCCUCAAGAGAGACGCCAACACCAUCGUCAUCUUCAUCCCAGGCGGCGAAGACCACGUCUGGUGCGAGCAAAAUUUCGGGGAAGACUACCGCGACCUUCUCGAGGAGCAGCACGCCGUGUGGCUCGCUGAGCACCCCGACGUGACUCUCCCGCCGCUCAAGCUGCCGAAGGUACCAGGGGGGUUCGACUCCAACCCCAUCACGGCUGCUCAGAAGGAGGUCGAGGGGAAGCUGCUGCCCUACGUCGCUGAUGAGAGCGACAGCGAGGUGGACGUCUUGGAGGGCGACAGCGACGUGGAAGUCGUGGAGGGGUAGGGGGGCGGGGGCGCCGAAGGAAAAGUAGUCGAACUUUGAAUCAUAGUUCUUUGGGAUUGCCAGUGAGAUUGGAUGUUUUUGCGAUGGUAGGGGCGCGGGCACGAAGUAGAGUUCAACCCGCCUAGGAAGUACAGUAGUAGGACGUUGGUAGCUCGUAGUGGUAGUUUGGUGUGAUUUUUUACUUCGUUUUUGUUUUCAUCUGCGUUUAGAAUUGUUGAAUGGAUGCCGUUUGCCGAUUUGCCGAUCUUGAUUCUUCAGAACGAAAAAAAGAUACCUAACAAAGAGUACAAAUACCACAUUUUUGAACAUCGUCAUGGUGCCAAGGGCAACAGUAGCCUUGGAGCACGCGAUUCAAGUUCCUAUNCGUUGGUAGCUCGUAGUGGUAGUUUGGUGUGAUUUUUUACUUCGUUUUUGUUUUCAUCUGCGUUUAGAAUUGUUGAAUGGAUGCCGUUUGCCGAUUUGCCGAUCUUGAUUCUUCAGAACGAAAAAAAGAUACCUAACAAAGAGUACAAAUACCACAUUUUUGAACAUCGUCAUGGUGCCAAGGGCAACAGUAGCCUUGGAGCACGCGAUUCAAGUUCCUAUAGUAUCCGGAAUUUCCAGCACAAGAUGCUGGUGAAAGGGUAUCACUUACCGCCAAACCUCACCGCAUUUAUCGGCGUCUCCGUACAGUGUGUGGAGACGACGAUACCUGUGACAUCAUCUAGCAAAUCAUUCGGAACCAGCUUUUUUUCCGCACACCCUGUGCCAAGACC